GGUUGUGUCGUGUAUCGUAUGUUCGCCGUUCGGGUGAAGCGAACGCGAAUCGACGAAAGCGCAGCCAGAGCCAGUCAAGUCGCGGGACCCGUGGGAUCGGGUGGCGAGCAUCGGCGGGUAUUGUAUUGAGACUCGAAUGAGCAACGACGGCGUAUCGAGCGUGAGGCGCGUAUCGUAUCCCGUAGUCCUGGUUCGCAGUCGGGAGUCGAGGGUAUCGUGAUCGGUGCCUCGCGUGCCGCAGACUCUCGCGUGAGCCACCGCGAACUGUACACGCACCGCUCCGAUCGAGCAGGCCGCGGUGAGAGAUGCCGGAUGCGCUUUAAACGCGCGUUCGCCGUGAUCGUGAUCGUCGUCGCAACCGCAGCCACAACCGCAACCACGGUUGCCGGUCCCUGAGAAACAUCGCCCGACAUCAUCGGCCAGCGAGAAUCCCCCCUGGAGACGCGAAUGCACCCUCCUCGCGGUACCGUUCUCGCGCGAGGAUCGCACGCGUCGUCCCUCUUCCUCCUGAAGGCGCCGCUAUGCUGACGCUGCAGCAUCAAUCUUCUCGGCUCUUUCGCCUUCAUCAUGUCUCGAAUUGUCGCGUAUCAACAUCUACGGAGUAAGGGGACAGAGAAUAGGUCAAAAAUGGGGUUGAGACGACGGCGUAACAAACUGAGCGGGACGUCCACGAGACAAUUAGCUUAGAUCCCGUGAAGAAGAUGAUGACUGCCAUGGCCCGGCUGCCCUGCAAGCAAUCGUCCUCGCCCUCGCAGCAGCCGAGAGUGAACAAUUUCGGAAACAGCCGGAAUCCGUACUGGGACAUGCAGCAGGCCAGGCAUCCCGCGCCGUCCUACGUCAGAAAUCAUCAUCGACACAUCGACCAUACAGGGAAGCGGAAGAGCGCCGUAGAGCUGCUGCAGGAGACGAAAGCCUUCUACGUGAAGAGCGAGACCGUGCUAGACCGGAAGCAAGAACUGAAGAACAGCGGCCACUUGCAGGUCUCGCAAUUGAGCGCGCCCGGCGCACCGCCUCCCAGAUUGCUGCGGAAAUGCACCGGCAACUCGUCCGUCUGUUCUAUGCAACCGACGUCGCCGUCGCAGUUGCAGCCGACUCCCUUGACGCCGCCCUGCUGCUGGGCCUCGUGUCACGAACAGGACAGACGUCGUUGCUAUUUUGCAGUAGACGGAAUUCUGAGUCCUCAACAAACACUGCCACCCGCGCUGCCACCGAAGAGUCCACGUUUGGUUCCGGUUCCCCAAAGACGGACGAUCUCGGGUCCCCCGAGCGGUACUGGGGGCGAGCUGCAAACGAAGCUGCGCCGGCUGUUGAACACCGAUAGCAAGGAGAACGUGUUCUUUCCGGACAGUCCGCCGCAGAGCACGGCGCAGAACAACGGGAUACCGACGCGGGAAGAGAAAUUCCGAUACUCGCCCGGAAGCCUCUCGCCUGGCUGUCGGGACGAAGUUCUGCAUUGUGCGCCGCAAGACAUCCGCUUCAAGUUCGGCAGAAGCAACUCGCAUUCGCAUACUUCCGGUAGAUCCGGUCGGAAGUCGAACAGCUCCCAGUCGGUGGAGAAUACGAUAUGCCACAAGUCAUUACCGGAUCUUCACACGAGCACGCGUCGCCGGGCAUCACUCUCGCCGCGCGCGUCUACGAAAUUACCUGCGAAGCCGUCUGCCCAUCAUCAAGCUACGAACAUAAGCAAUUGCCCGGACUACGAAACUAGUUCAGAUUAUUCGGAUCACAGUUUUAAGCGUGACGCCGUUUGUUAUCGCAGUUCCCGCCACAUCAGGCGAUCUCUGGGAUCUGGUGGUGGUGACGCGAGUAGCGUAUUAUCCUCCGGUGGACGAACGCAGAAAUCAUCGGGUUCUAGCAAGUUGAGCCACGGCGCGACAGCCCGAGACUCCGGUGGCUCUUCCGGACACUGUACUCAUCGCAGUGAACCAGCACCCAGGAUACAGGAUUGCUGGACUCAUAUACGUAGAGAUAGUGGCGCGUCUACGCAACAUUCUACCGAGAAAGACCGCUCGAGGAAAAGUAGUUACGUCAGCGGGACACCGCCGUCCGUUGUACGACAUUAUAGUCCAGAAUCUGAAAGCAGCAAUAGUCAAACGGAUUACAGCCCGACCUGUAACUCGAGGUUUUCCGAUGGCUGGAAGGAAGGUCGCGGCCGACCGAUUUUACGAUCGAAAUCAGAUAUCAGCGAUCGAUACUGGCGUCAGGAUAACGGCCGUUCAAGUAAAGUAUCCUCUCGCCCGCCACGAUCGAUGACUCAGCUCGAGAACUUUUUCGAUCGUCUAGGAUUGGACUCGGAUAACUACCAACGUAUAACGGAACCCGAUUCCAAGUCGUCGUCGCCCAUAUUCUUUGACAGCGUUAGCUCCGUAGAUUCGGCAUUAGGUCUCUACUCUUGGGUCGGCACUAAUCAGACGAAUCAGGGUAGCCAGUGGCAAAACAACUGCAGCAUUGGUAUGGGUAACGACGAGUGCAACCAAAGGGUAAAUGAUCCGCCGAGUAUCGUCGAGCGAAAUGCGCGUAUUAUCAAAUGGCUUUGCCAAUGCCGCAAAGUGCAGUUAGGAUACAGUUAAACAACGAGUUUCUCAAUGUGAAUAAAUCCCUUAUUUCCAAUAACAAUACAUUCAAAUCAACGAUGUGGUAGUGUUGGUCAUUCUACAAACAGUAUAUCAGACACUCCGCAGAAAUUCCAAACUCAAUAUAUUUCUCGUAAAUGUGGAA